CACGGGAGCGGCCCAGCUGUCCGCCGGCGAUUAUUAAGAGAGAAGGGAGGACCGCCGCCCGACACACUCGUCGCCCGGACAUACAGGCGGGAUGGGAGGCCUCUGGCUGGUGCUGGUGCUUGUGGCUGCGGCUGAAGCCGAGAGGGUUUUCACUGGAGAUCAGGUCAUAAGGGUCAAUGUGCAGUCGGAGGAAGAGAUCCAACUCCUGCGGGCCCUGGAGACCCAACAGGAGUGGGAGCUCGACUUCUGGCUCCACCCGGUCUCCACGGAGCUUCCCGUCGACAUCCGAGUGCCGCGCUCCAGUUUGGGCUCCGUGAGGGAGUUCCUCCGAGCCCACGACAUCGCCUUCACCGUCAUGAUUGACAACCUUCAGGAGGUUCUUGAUGAGGAGAAAGCUGAGAUGGAGGGGAACCAGAUGAUGGAGCGCAGCACCAGGAGCUUCAACUUUGGAGCCUAUCAUCCUCUUGAGACAAUCUACAGCUGGAUGGACACCCUGGUGGCUCAGCACCCUGACCUGGUCACCAAGCAGGAAAUUGGUAGAUCCUAUGAGAACAGGCCCAUGUAUGCGCUCAAGUUCAGCACUGGCGGCAACAAGCGUCCUGCCAUCUGGAUCGACACAGGGAUCCACUCCAGAGAGUGGGUGUCGCAGGCCACCGGAGUGUGGACGGCCAACAAGAUUGCCAGUGAUUACGGCACAGACGCCUCUCUGACCUCCCUUCUGAACACCAUGGAUAUCUACAUGCUGAUCCUGACCAACCCUGACGGCUACGCUUACACCCACACCAACGACCGCAUGUGGCGUAAGACUCGCUCCAGGACCUCGGGCUCUGUGUGCCGUGGAGUCGAUCCCAACAGGAACUGGGAUGCUGGCUUUGGCGGUCCCGGUGCCAGUAAGAACCCCUGCUCGGAUUCCUACCACGGCCCCUCGGCCCACUCCGAGAUCGAGGUGAAGAAUGUGGUGAACCUGAUCAAGAGCCACGGCAACUUCAAGUCCUUCAUCUCUGUCCACGCCUACUCCCAGCUGCUCAUGUACCCCUACGGUUACUCCUGCAGAAGCGUGCCCCAUCAGCCUGAACUGGACUCUGUUGGCAAAGCAGCAGUGCAGAAACUCACUUCUCUCUACGGCACCAGGUACAAAGUUGGAAGCAUCUGCAACAUCAUCUAUCAAGCCAGUGGUGGCAGCAUUGACUGGUCCUACAAUCUGGGCAUCAAAUACUCCUUUGCCUUCGAGCUCAGGGACACUGGUCGCUAUGGUUUCAUCCUGCCGGCCAAUCAGAUCAUCCCCACUGCCUCCGAGACCUGGCUGGCCCUGAAACACAUCAUGGAGCACGUCCGUGACCACCCUUAUUGAUGACUACUGUAUAACCACGGAUGGAGAAUCCACCAUUAUUCGUUAUUCUACACUGAUUAAUGAUAUCUGAUUUCAAGACUGACUGAAUAAAAUGACAUAUACAGUC